AUGGGUCACCGAACUGUCGUUUUCAGACUUGUUCUCCUACAUUUCCUACUAUUCUUCAGACUCAACAAUGCAUCAAACCUAAUCCUUCUCUCACGAGACGACAUCGGCUCGAUCCAUGGCUGGGAAGGUCUAACUUACCAAGCAAUCCGCUAUGAACCCCUUUGCGGAAGCUUAGGUUCAGCGGAUUAUUACCGUCAAGUUUACUCCUUCUCCCCAUCAUGCCAACCCGCCACCGAGAUCUUUACAAACACCACCCAUAACUUCGCCAUCUACGAUUUCACCGGUAUUCGCCUUCGAGGACCUGAAGCCCGCAUUGGCGCCGGUAAGGAAAUAUGUGUUUGUUUCGCGCUAAAACAGAUCACGGAUCAAAACUUUGGGGCGGCGAUAUGUGUGUAUGUCAAUGGGGACGCACAGAUUUACUUGGACGGUACUGUGGCGCUUAAUUACAGACCUGGGGUGGAUAUAGAAAGGACAUUACCAAUCUGUGGUGGCGAGUUUGACGUUGAGGCUGCAAGGGCGGAAUGGUCCAGAACGGCUAUUCAGCCGCAGGUUACCGAAGUUGAGUCUACCAUUGGGACUUUAGGGACGACGGUGCGUGGGGGGAUUACGACUAUACAGACGGUUAUUUCAACCGAAUAUAUUGUCAGUACAUACAUUCCCCCAGAUACAACUGUUUAUACUGCAACCGGACCCGACGGAGUUUUGACAACAGUCACAUCUACUAGAAUUGCGCAAAUGCCAGUAGUUACGGUAUCUGCUACAGCUGAAAAUAACAGUAAAAGUGACAAAGUCACACUCGGAGUGGGAUUGGGGCUAGGAAUACCAGCUCUGGUUCUAGUGGCAGCCGGGGUUAUUGUAGGGAUUUCAUUGCUCCGCCAGAGAUCCGGGAUAAGAAAACAAGCAUCAGAGGAAGCAGGGAUCGCAAGCUAG